AUGCGGUGGACAUUUAUUUAUUACAUUCUACUAGCUGCGUUUUUAUCAAAUUUAAGUAAUGCAGUCAUUUUCAAGUUUUCAAAUGUUGUCUGCGAAAGCUACAACAAAUCCUGGUUCCUGUUUCACGAGUGCCGUCUAAAAGCCAUUGCUCGGGAAAAGGUGAUCCUUAAUAUAAACGGAACUGUUUUGCAUCCCGUAUAUAAUGUCCUUACUAAAGGCAAGAUGUUUAAAAGGGAAAGUGGCUUUAAGCCGUGGCUCAUGGAUUCCGAAAUAGAUUCGUGCCGUUUUAUGCGAAAGAACUACAACCCUGUAGCUAAAAUAGUCUUUGGUCUUUUGAAGGAAUUCACAAAUAUCAACCACACCUGCCCUUUUGUGGGCCCACAAAUUGUAAGAGGGUUUUAUCUGAGACCUGAACUAUUGCUGCUCCCGUUUCCGAGUGGAGAAUUUAUGUUAUCCCUGAGAUGGUUCUUCAAUCAGAAAUUACAAUUUGACACCAAUGUUAGUUUUUUGUUUGUCGAGGAUAUAAAGAAAGCCUGA